AUGAAGCUUUUUAAAAGUGGAGGAUCGAUUUUGGAGACUAAUUAUGUUUUUCUGGGAGAUUAUGUUGACAGGGUUCGCGGCAAUCACGAAACUCGAAGAGUUUCCCACCAAUACGGUUUUUAUGACGAAUGUCAACACAAAUAUGGAAAUUCUGUUGUUUGGACUUGGUUUUGUCGUGUAUUUGAUGUUCUUCCAAUUCGUGCAUUAAUUGAUAACCAAAUAUUUUGUGUUCAUGGAGGGCUUAGUCCAGAAUUGCCUACUUUAGAUGCUAUAAUGUGCUUGCAAAGAAGUGUGGAAGUUCCGGCAAAUGGUGCGCUUUGUGAUUUGGUUUGGUCAGACCCAGACGAUUCUGAUUGUGGCUGUUUCUUAAUCCUCGUGGUGCUGGAUGGUUAUUUGGCCGCGAUGUUGUAGAAAAAUUUCUUGAAGUUAAUGGGCUUUCAUUAAUUUGUCGGUCACAUCAAUUUGUACAGGAAGGCUUUAAAUAUAUUUUUGACGAUGUUGUGCACUGUU